CACACAUAUAUAUAACUGUAGAUUUGAUAGAAUCUGUGAUGUGAUUGUACAAACUGUAGAACACACGUCUGUAAACAGUCCAAAAUUAUUCAAUAAAUAACAACAAUGAUUCUAAACCAAAUCAAUGUGUUUCAUGCUGAGUCAUCAGGGUUUACAUGUUGUCUCGAUUCACGUUUUCCAACAGGAAACUGACAUUUGUAAAACACUCACUCUCCCACACCAAAGUCCAGAGAGAAAAUCACUGAUUUUAACAUCACACACACACACACACACACACACAGGAGUUGUUGAUCCACUGCUGCCUCCAUCACUAAGUUCAAAUGUCUUAUUUUUUUUAAAAUAUUUAAUUAAGACAUGCUUCAGCGACACAACAUGACCACACGAGGCAGCAGUAGACCAGCAGCUGAUUUUCUCUGUGGGCUUUGGUGUGGGAGAGUGAGUGGUUUACAAACGUCACUUUCUUUGAUUCACAGUGUUAAUGAUCAUUGAAGUUAUUUUACAGUCAAAAUCAGUUUAAUCAUGAACCAACAUAGUUUUUUAUUAAUUAGUGAAUAUUUAUCUUUGUUUCAUAAAUUAAUCUUUUUCCUUUUUAUUUGUUUUCAUGUGGUUUAAAAAUUAAACUCCAGUCAAAGAAAAUGUGAGUGUUUGUCCACCAGAGGGCAGCACUUGUCAGGAUAUGUGUAUAUAUAUAUAUAUAUAUAUAUAUAUAUAUAUACUGUAUAUAUAGCCUUAGGCACGCGCACAGGUGUGUGUGUGUGUGUGUGUGUGUAAUUAGAGAGCAGGUGUGGCUUUUUCACUGCACCGUGAAGUCAGAAGAUCCUCCUCUAAUGUCAACACACACACACACACACACACACCACACACUACUUCCGGUUUUCAAAGUAAGUGUGGUCAACGUGAACUUAUUUAAAAGCCCAGGAUCGUAAAAUAACAUUAAAAAUAAUAAUAAAUGUGUUAAUGUAAAAUUGAUUCAAAUAAUUCAGUCUGCUCAUUUAAUACACACAUGAGUUUAUUUGCUAAAACACGCUGGAAUAAUGUCAUUUUUACUCAUUUAUUUAAAAUAAAAAACGUCUGUGGAGAAAAGAUGUUUCAUCAUGUUGGUGAAAAAACUCCAAAGAUGAACCAGAAACUUUAAACCUGAAUAAUGACCUGUUUUAUUUUGUCACGCUCUUCUUCCUGUUUGCUCCUCACUGUGACGACUCCUGACUCCUGCUGCUCCACGUCAUCUUCUCACCUCACUGACACAUUCUGACCAAGACCACAACCUCCACAGUCCCACACCAGCAGAGACCAAGACCACAACCUCCACAGUCCCACACCAGCAGGAACAGUCUGUGGAUGUGGACUCCAACAGCAGCAGUGUGGUGGUGAACAGACAGUGUUUCCAGGAGAAACUGAUCCACCAGCUGCUCCAGGAUCUUCAGGGAGGUUCAGGAUCUUCAGGAGGAACCUCAGAGGAGCUCAGACAGUCAGAGACUGAGAGCAGAGACCAUGGACCAGGAGAUGAAGAUCACUGACAGCAUUGAAGACAAAGGUCUUCUGGAGAGCAGUGUGCGUCUGAAGCCUCAUGAAGCUCAGAGUUACAGGAAGAAGGUUCUGUGGGUUUCCUGGUUCUCCAUCGUCAUCACUAUCAUCCUCGCCGUCGCUGCUUUCACUGUCUCCAUCAUGCGUCACAGUGCGUCAGCGUUUGGUUUCGCUUUUGACGCUACCCUGGACGUGUUGUCCUCCAUCAUCGUGUUGUGGCGUUACAGCAAUGCUGCAGCCGUCCACUCUGCACACCGUGAAUACAUAGCCUGCGUCAUCCUCGGUGUCGUCUUCAUCCUGUCGUCCCUGUGCAUUCUGGGUAAAUCCAUCCAUGACCUGGCCACCAGGCUUCUGCCCGAAGUGGACGACUUCCUGUUCAGCGUGUCCAUCAUCAGUGGUUUGGUGUGUGUGGUCUUGGCUGUGAUGAAGUUCAUGUUGGGGAAAGUUCUCACGAGUCGAGCUCUCCUCACAGACGGAUUUAACUCUAUGGUGGGAGGAGUCAUGGGCUUCUCCAUCCUCAUCAGUGCUGAGGUGUUCAAGCAUGAACCCAUGGUGUGGUACCUGGACGGGACAGUAGGGGUCCUCAUCGGCCUCGUCAUCCUCGCUUAUGGAGUCAAGCUGCUGGUGGACAUGGUUCCACAAGUUCUACAAACCAGAAACUACGAGCGUUUUGAGUGAUGGACAGAAGAGAGAGAGGAGGGACAGAGGGACGGUCCCCACACUGUCUCCACAGACAGUCACUGUUAGUCCUGCAGCUGCCACUGGAGGCGCCAGUGGGCCCAGGAUCCAGAAGGACGACGACUGUGUGGGCGGAGAAAAGUCUUAGCACUUUUAAGUGUUUUAUUAUAUGACUGUAUGUACAAUACCUUUGUUUUCAAACUGUGGAGUAGAGCUGUGAGUGCCCCCUGCUGGGUGGCAAGGAAAAACUGAUUUUAGCCACAAAAUCUACUAUAUGUUACUAUUAGACAGACUUUUGCCGAUGUUAACUUCUAAAAAGAUCUCCCACUCCAAACCUCAUAGAGAACACCAGUGAUUUUAACAUCACAGCACACAGGAGUUGUUGAUCCACUGCUGCCUCCAUCAAAAAGUUCAAAUGUCUUACUUUAUAAAAUACGGCAUUUAAAAUUUUCCGUUCAGAUUUACCCCAGUGACACAAAGAGACCACACGAGGCAGCAGUAGACCAGCAGCUCCUGUGUCCCUGCAAGCUCAACUCACUGGUUUUCUCUAUGGGCUUUGGUGUGGGAGAGUGAGUGGUUUGUCGACAGAGACGUAGCACUGGUGUUUUACCUCUUUUACACAUUGACCACUUGUGCCAUCUAGUGGCUGUGCCUGCAACAUACAUGACAAUAUUUAAAUGUGAACUUUUAUGUUUUUAAAUGUGACAUAAAAUGAAGAUUUAAUCCAC